ACUUUUAGCAGUAAAACGACACGGCGUUCCGUAGCAGCAGAACUCAACCGGAGAGAAAUCUAAAUUGUUGUUCCUUCACCGGAUUCGCCCCAGACCGAUCGCUGAGAAACUGAGGAAACUUCGGAACGAGAGACGGCGAAGAAGUUAACGAUAGAGAGAGAGGGACAGCACAAUGAGCAGAGUCCAAGCAGGCAACGAACUCGCCUUCCGGGUCGGCUUCUCCGGUCAUGGUGGACACCUCCGCGUUGAGCCUCUGUACACGGCGGAGAGAGACGACGCCGUGAACUCACUUCCCGAUUUCGUUUCCCCUCCUGCGUUUGCCAAGGAAACAAAAGGAUCAAUAAAGAAACAUAUCGAGGAGAAAUAUCUCCUACCGAGACUGGAACCGGAUCAGUUUUCUGCUGAGAAAGCUGAGAAUCAGUGGGAUUUUGAUUGGUUUUCCAGGGUGAAGGUGCCACUUCAACCCUCUCUGCCAAGGUCCGUUGUGGUUCCCACUUGGGAGUUGCCAUUCAGGCGUCAAAAAGAUGAUACUGAGAACAGAGCAUGGGAGCCAAAAUCAGUGGAGGUGGAUUUAUCAGAACAAAUGUACGGAGAUCAAGAUUCUGGAUUUUUUCCACGAAUGGUUGGACCUCCGAAGGAUUUUCUGAGAGGAAGUGUCAAUAAUCGCCCUUUCCGUCCAGGUGGCUUGGAGGAUUCACAAUCUUCAGAGAGAGUCCUUCCAGAGGGUGUCUCUAGUGGCCAAUGGGUACAGGAAUUGCUCAAUGGGGGUCCUGUUCAAACCGUUCCUCCUAGUUUUAAGCAGAGUUUAGAUCUUGGAGAUCUGAUGAAAUGGAUUGUCAUAUUAUCUUAG